AGGGAAUCCCAUCCUAUCUGCUAUGUAUAUGCAUAUGAAUGUAUAUUGCGGUGACAAUUGAAAGUGUUAGUCAUAUUCAGAAUAAAAGCCGGUUAAGCUUAUCGCUGAGGCCCACUCCACAACCAAGACCGCUUCGAGCAUCAUCAGAACAGAAAAGUAAUCGAAAAAAUCUUACGUGCUCUCAUCUAUAGGAAUUAAUAAGACAAAAUCAUCAUGAAUACCAGUUUGGUUCUUUUCUUGAUUGGAGUGUUGGUAUCCUGUUGCUUGUGUCGGUCCUCAACUUAUAAUUAUAUGAAAUUUAAGGAACAUAAUACAUAUGUGGUCGGUUUUAAGUGCGGUACUCCUCAGCCUCGAAUAGUCAAUUCUUCAACGAUUAUUAAGGAUACAAAAGAUCUACAUCCAAGGCAAACCGUGCUUUACAAGUGCGAUUGUACCGGAGUUUGCAUCGAAGAGGGCACUUAUUGCGGACCAAAGAAAACAGAAAAUGUGACGUUAUAUUUUCGUUAUUUGGGCACACAAGAAAUUGUUACCGGACAUGCUGUUAACGAAACCGAUUGUGAUUGUAUUAAUAUACAUCCUGAUUUUACAGUCCUUUAUCAAUGUGAUUGUACAGGAGUUUGCCAACAAGGCAUGAUCUGCAGUGCAAUAGAAUUUGAAGAAAUUACAUUGUAUUUUAAAAAUUUGGAAACGAGUGAAUUGUUUGGUGCCCUGGCUCGUAACGAAACAGCAUGUGGUUGUGUUUUAGAAAAUGGAAAAAUACCAGAUUGCAAAUAAGUUGAUAACUUCUAAAAUCUUAACGUGAUUAUAAAAAAAUACCAAAUUACAUAAAAAAAAACUUAUUACUACCUAUAUAUAGUUAGGUAUUUUUUUAAAUCCAAGUUUCUUACUUUUACUAUGAAUCCAAAGCUUAAUUGUUCAUUUAUAUUAUGUGAUUUAUACAUAUACUAAAAAAAAUAAAGUUUG